AUGGUUCAACGACAACUACUUCAAGCAUAUCGUCGCGAAUAUCAACUACUAUUUGUCGCCAUCGCAUGUUUUGGUGUUGGGCGAUCUCUUCUCAUCGCAGUACAUCGACGACACCGAGUUUGCGCUGCGUGUGUCGCGCUACCAAAACAUCUUUUCCGCGCUGACGCCAGAGCGCACCACACUGAUAAACAUCACCGGCAAUCACGAUAUUGGCUACGGCAACGAAGCAAACACCCGGCGAGUGGAACGCUUCGAAGAGGUGUUUGGAAAGGUCAAUUCAAAGUGCACGUUGCACAUCACACCGGUGAAUCGAUGAUUCGCGAGCAAAGCAUGCUCACCAAAGAAACAACACAAUACAUUCUCGAUGAAAUCAAACCAAUCUAUGUAUUCAAUGGUCAUGAUCAUGAUGGAUGUAUAUAUAAACAUAAUAAUCAUACAAUAGAAUAUACAAUUAGAUCAAUGAUGGGAGAGUUUGGUGGAUAUUCAGCAUUAUUUGAAAUUAGAAAACCAAAUCCAGAUAUUGAGAAUUUCGAAUACAGUUUCAAGAUUUGUCCUUUCAUUCAGACUAAAUUCAUUAAUAUAUCGUUUGGAGUUACAGGUGGAUGGUUAGUUCUAUUCAUUAUUUAUAAUUUAAUACUAUCAUUCAUUAGAUGUUAUCAUAAUCAAUUCAAAAAAUCGUCAUCAUCUUCAUCAUCAUCAAAUCAGAAAUAUAAAAAAGAUUAA